AGGAUGUCUUUUAAGAAGGAAACACCCCUGGCUAAUGCUGUGUUUUGGGCAGCGAGGAAAGGGAACCUGGCUCUACUUCAGCUGCUGCUCAACAGUGGGCGCGUGGACGCAGACUGCAGAGACAGUUACGGAACCACAGCGCUGAUGGUGGCGUCCUACAGCGGCCAUUAUGAUUGUGUCAAAGAACUUAUCAUGCAAGGAGCUGACAUCAACUACCAGAGAGAGACAGGUUCCACUGCCCUGUUCUUCGCCUCCCAGCAUGGACACAAUGAAAUUGUGAAGCUCCUCUUUGAAUUUGGUGCCUCUACUGAGUUCCAGACAAAGGACGGCGGCACAGCUCUCACAGUCGCUUCCCAGUACGGACACUCCAAGGUGGUGGACACCCUGUUGAAGAAUGGAGCCAAUGUUCACGACCAGCUGAAUGAUGGUGCCACCGCUCUGUUUCUGGCUGCACAGGAGGGUCAUGUGAAUGUGAUUCGUCAGCUGUUGUCAUCCGGUGCCAAGGUUAACCAAGCGAGGGAGGAUGGCACUGCCGCCUUGUGGAUGGCAGCUCAGAUGGGUCACAGUGAGGUGGUGAGGGUGCUGCUCUUACGUGGUGCUGAUCGGGAUGCUGACAGACAAGAUGGAUCAACAGCGUUAUUCAAAGCCGCGUAUAAGGGACACAACAGCGUCAUCGAGGAACUUCUCAAGUUUUCUCCUUCAGUUGGACUUCUCAAGAAUGGCUCCACUGCCCUACAUGCUGCUGUUAUGGGUGGAAAUCUUCGAUCUGUUUUGCUGCUGCUGGAGGCCAACGCAGACCCCACUCUACCCAACAAGAAUAAUGAACUCCCUGCAGAUCUAACAAAGAACGAUCGCAUCCUAAAGUUGUUAAAUCCAAAAAUGUUAAAUGGAGACAGCUGAUGACCGACCUGACUGCUGCCUUCCUGCCUGUACCACAGCGGUGACGUGUACCGAGGGGAAACUAAAACAAACAAUACAGUGUCAAAUCUACUCACCUACAAUAUGUACUGUACAUGGUGCUUGCUUUUGAUUGCAACUGAAAUGAAGCUGUCAUAUGUUGAAUAAAACCUGGACAAAAUCUAGAGCUACACAACGUGCAACCAAAAUGCAUCUGUCUGCCAUGUGCAUCAUCUCCUUUACUCUGUUGUUCUACAGUUUAUGCAUUUAUUUUUGUUUACCCCAGGUGUUGUAAGAUUUCUAGAUAUUUUGCACACUUUUUAUUUGCCUUUUUAAUAGAUGU